GGAGUUUCACCGGGAAACCUACCCGGCGAUCGGCCAACCAACUUUUCAGACGUGUUCAGCAAUUUCGGCAACUAGGACUCGAUCUUGAUGAUUUCUACCACUGAGGCGGCUUUCUUUUCGGAUUCGUUAUCCUCGACAAGUAACCCUUCUAUCCGAGCAGAUGGUCGAACUCCGUUCAGCUAUCGACCGAUCAACCUGAUCGAUGAAGUCUCACUACAGUCCAACGGGAGUGCACGCUGCCAGCUGAAAACUUCUUCCGAAAAUAUUAUUACCGAUGUCAUCGUAGGCUGUAAACUGGAAGUAGAACAGAGAGAUUUUGAUGCACAUGGAGCUAAGAUAGAGUGUUCAGUGGACUUUCCACCUGCAGCAUUGAUUGCCUUACCUAACGACCCGGCACAGCUAUAUACGAGCUAUCUGAAUAUGAUUUAUGGGCCCCUAGGAUCCUCCGAACAACUUCGAAUUUCGUCUACCCAUGCUUGGGUGAUCUAUAUUGACGCAGUCGUGAUAUCUGCCUCAGCGGGAAACGCGAUGGAUGUAAUAUGUAUGGCAGUUCACAAGGCACUAUGCAAUCUGAAGUUACCCAAAACAGCCGAAGUGGGUUUCCAACGAACCAAGAGUCCAGAUGUUGCUGCUCCAAUCGAGAUCGAAACCUCGAGUUCAAUACAAAACGAUGGUAUGGUCGAAGAAACUGGUAUCCAGGGGCUUCUUUGGCGGAAUCGUUCCUCGAAAGGCAAACCAUCAAGCCAAGCAUAUGACUUCGAAUUGAAGGACACGGAUGCAGAGCAUGGUGAUCAAUUAUCAAUCAAGAAUUUUAUCCCAGUAGUUAUCACGAUCAAUCUUAUUGAUCAAAAGAUGUUUCUUGAUGCGACGUUAGACGAAGAAAGCAUAAGCUCUAACAAGCUAAUACUCGCUUAUACCGAAGGAGGGAAGAAAAUUGCCAAUGUGAUCCAAACAGGGGGAAAGAGCGAGAUAGGUUUCGAUUUACUUCGAUCCGUCAUUCGAGAAGGUGCUAAGGUUGCCGGAGACUUGUCUAAGCAGCUUUAAUUGUCACUGCAGUUGUGUUUCUGCCCUCUUUGCAACCACCCCCUCCAUUCUAGUUCACCGUUUUGUCUUAAUUCAUCUUUCCAUGCCUGUAAGGAACAAGGGCAGCAAAUUAUAUUCCCGAUCAAAUAUGACUCAACAUACCACCCGCACUGACGAUAAAUCAAGCAUUUGUCCCUCCACCUUCGCGGUCAUCACCUGUAAAAAUGCCUGUUGAAGUUUAACUUCCACACUCAUACCUUGGUCCUUGGUGUGACUUGUUUUGCAUACACAAAUACUUGAGUAAUAUGGGCAAAGCUGCCAGCCGUUGAUAUGGGAGAUCCCCGAUUCCACUACGAA